AUGGCGCUGCCGCAGCUGCUGUCUGCAGAGAGCGGCCUGGCCGACCAGCCGCUGACGGUGGAGCAGGGCUCGUGGCUGGUGGCGCUGAUGGCGGUCGCCAGCUGCGCCUUCGUGCCCGUGUUCGCCGGUCUCGGCGGCCACGUCGGCCGCAAAAUGCUCGGCUACCUGACUAUAACACCUGCACUUGUCUCGUGGACCAUCCUGAUGUUCUCGACCUCUGUCGUUGCCCUCUACGUCGCCAGAGUGCUUGUCGGCGUGCAGUCGGCUGGCACCAUGGUGAUGGCGACGCUCUACGUCAGCGAGACGACGACGGACAAGGUACGCGGAGCCCUCGGCUCCCUGCUGCCGCUGUUCUGCAACUGUGGCUCGCUGUGCGCCUUCGUUGUGGGCGCCUACCUGCCUUACGACGUCGUCCUCUACCUGAACCUCGCUCCGGUCCUCACUUUCGUCUUCUGUUUCGCGUUCAUGCCAGAGACACCGCACAGACUGAUGCACGUUCGCCGACAUCACCACGCCAGAAAGGCGCUGAGGUGGCUGCGCCGUGGGAUCUCCGAGCGGCAGGUGGAUCGCGAGGUGGAGCGCAUACAGGCGUCUCUGGGCAGAGACACGGCCGAGGCGGGCUACGGCGGCGGCGUCGGCAGAGCUGCCUCGCUUGCUGAGCUGCUGCGCUGCCGGGCCAGCCUGCUGGGCUUCGCCAUCGUCCUGGUGGCCGGCGCCAACGCCCAGCUGUGCGGCUCCUUCGCUGUCCUCAACUACGCGGUCCUCAUCUUCGACGAGGCUGGAGGGUCCGUAUCUCCAGAGGUGGCCACCAUCGUCCUGGGUGCGCUGCAGGUUGUUGGCGGUCUGCUGUCUACAGUGUUGAUAGAACGGAUUGGUCGACGACCCCUGCUGUUCCUCGCGAACGGGGCCGUCGGUACUUCGGUUGCGCUUUUGGGUGUCUACCUGUAUCUAAAGCAGCAGACACAGGUAGAUGUGACGUCCGUCGGAUGGCUACCAGUCACUUGCUUGUCCAUAUACGUGCUGAUGCACGCUGUCGGACUGAGCCCACUGGCGUACGUCGUGGUCUCUGAGACUGUGGCUCCAAGGAUCAGAGGUUUGGCUGCCAUUAUCACGUACUCGACGAGCAGCGGCACCGCAGCCGUCAUGAGCAAACUGUACCCAGCCAUGUCGCAGUCCAUGGGAGCCUACGGCACCUUCUGGUUCUUUGCGGCUGUCUGCUUGGCCUGCGCCCUCAUCGGAUGGUGCUUGCUGCCGGAAACCAAGGGACGACCUCUCGAGGACAUCCUCAAGGAACUCAACGGCGGAAAGGAUGUCCACGUCAGCAGCUCCCAAUGA